AGCAAAGCAAGUAUAGUAUCCGAAAUGGUUGCUUCUCUUUCCUUUCAUCUCUCACCUUUUGUCUCGUAGCUCUCUUUCUCUCUCAUCUCUCUCUCUCUCUCUCUCUGGCGCCUUUCCCCGCACAACACACCAGGCAGAGACCCAGCGAGCGAGCGAGCGAGCAAGCAAGUCAACCACAAACACAACACAGGAAAAACUCCAACCCCCUUUCACCAAUUCCAAUUUCCAAACCCUCAUUCAAAUUCAACCCUUGUUUUUCAUUUUCCAACAUCAUUCUUUCAUUUUCCAUCCUUUCAAACCCAAAACCCUAGCCCCUCUUUUUCCUCCCAAAUGCCGCGUUUUUUCUGAUUCUAUUCCUCAACGGAGAAUCGUCUUCACAGAGAUAGGGUUAGGGAUUUGACGCGAAUGGAAGGGAGCGGGGACAUAUUCAGAGCUUCUCCGGUAGCCGGAGCAUCAUCGCCGUCUUCUUUGUCAUCAAAUUCGAGAAGAUACGGAUUCCCUUCAGCAGCCAGCAUAAUCCAGGCACCGUUAUCGGUGCUUCUAGAAUAUUCAGGUAUUCUUCCCGCGAGGUCUAACCAGCACCAACCUAGCACCGAUGCUGUCCCCAACGACAGCGAGGUUUCAAUUAGGAUAAUCGGUUCGACAGAGCAGGAUAAUCACAGGGAAGAACAGACUCCUCUGGUGGUGGGGAAUGACGGUGCUUCUGCAGGUGCAGCUGGGAUGACGUCUUCUCCUUCACAGGGUGAUGUUGAGGGCGUUUUGCGGACGGGGAGUGGAAGUAUUGAUGCAGAAGCAGGUGGUGGUGGUGAUGGUGUUGGUGCCAAUGGGAGGGAUUCAUCUUACCAGAGAUAUGAUAUUCAACAUGCUGCUAGGUGGAUUGAGCAAGUCUUGCCCUUUUCUUUGCUUCUUUUGGUUGUUUUCAUUCGCCAGCAUUUGCAAGGGUUUUUUGUUACCAUUUGGAUUGCUGCUGUCCUUUUCAAGUCAAAUGACGUUCUGCGGAAACAAACAGCAUUGAAGGGAGAGAGAAAAAUGCCUGUUUUGAUUGGAAUUUCUGUUGCUUUUGCACUUCAUGUUGCUGGUGUUUAUUGGUGGUAUCAAAAUGAUGAUCUAAUGAAUCCGUUAGUCAUGCUUCCUCCCAAAGAAAUACCACCUUUCUGGCAUGCUAUUUUCGUCAUCAUGGUGAAUGAUACUUUGGCGCGCCAGGCAGCAAUGAUUUUCAAGUGUAUAUUGUUAAUGUAUUAUAAGAAUAGCAGAGGCCGCAAUUACCGUAAGCAGGGGCAAUUGCUGACUUUAGUUGAGUACUUCCUCCUGCUUUACCGAGCCUUGUUGCCAACACCAGUUUGGUAUCGUUUCUUCCUGAACAAAGAAUAUGGAAGCCUCUUUUCAUCACUGAUGACAGGGUUGUAUCUAACAUUUAAGCUCACAUCUGUUGUUGAAAAGGUGCAAUCUUUCUUUGCUGCAGUAAAGGCAUUGUCACGUAAAGAAGUACACUAUGGGGCUUAUGCAACAUCCGAGCAGGUCAUUGCAGCGGGUGAUCUUUGUGCCAUUUGUCAAGAGAAGAUGCAUGCCCCAGUCUUACUUCGUUGUAAACACAUUUUCUGUGAAGACUGUGUAUCAGAGUGGUUUGAGAGGGAAAGGACCUGCCCAUUGUGCAGGGCGUUGGUAAAACCUGCAGACCUCAGGUCAUUUGGUGAUGGGUCUACUAGUUUGUUUUUCCAGUUAUUCUGAAAUCAUAUACAAGCCAGGAAGUUUUUUCUGCUUUGAAGCUUUACUUGUCAAAGCAGCAAUCCUGAUCUAUAUACAUCUACACAUGUAAAAUUGACUGGAGUCAUUUUGGAGACACUAUGAGAAGAUGAAUGCAGAUAAAUAGAAUUUAACUGGUCACCUAUUAUUCAUAUAAUGUACUUGUAAGAGGUUAAGUGUAUUAUAUGACCCUGUAAACUAGGAAGUUUAUUAAAUGUAUAAUUAAAUGUGGCUCUUCAUUUGCAAGGGAAUGAAGACGUCUUUCUCCAAACUGCGAUCUGUUAUAUAUUGUGAAUCAAAUUAGCAAGUCUAUACUUUUUUCUUUCUUUCUUUUAA